GCGACGCGAGCUAUGGCAAGCGGUUCGGGCACGUUCGAGUCGGCUACUGUCGGCGUGGAUAGCGACAGGUUCGUCGCGUUCGGAAUCAAGUUCGUCAACACGGCGGGCCCCGACAACCACCAGGCCGUCGCGUUUCGCGCGACGGGCGACCAAACGGCGCUCUUCAACUGCGCGUUCGACGGAGCGCAAGAUACGCUGUAUGUGGACGCGGGCGACAGUACUACAAGAACUGCUGGAUCGGCGGCUCGAUGGACUUCAUUUUCGGCGACGCGGCAGUGGUUAUCGACAGCCCCAAGAUCCAGCUACACCCGAGCCCCUCUUUUGUGACUAUAACGGCGUCGGGCCGCGCCUCUGACACGCCAACGGGAAUUGUGAUUCGCAAUGCUGUUGUCGGCGCGGACAGGGGGGUCACUGAGGUGUACCUCGGCCGGCCUGGAAGAAAUGCGCCUUCACCGUUUUUAUCAACACCAACCUCCCAGCGAUGGUUGAGAAGGACGGCUGGUUGUCGUGGAACGAGGGCAGCUGCAUGUUCCUCGCUGAGGCGGGCAGCAAGGGUCCAGGUGCUGCUUCCUCGCGCGCCAGCUGGGUGGAUCCGGGAAUCAUCACUGACGUCAGCGGCUACGAUGCCAACACCUUCACUGAGGUUAACACCUGGCUCAGAGGAGUGGGACCAUGAACAGCAGUAGCAGGAGCAGGAGCAGACUACUAGGCUCGGGCAAGGCUCGAGCUAGGCUCGGGCUCGGGGUAGGAGCAUGAGCAACAACAGCAGGAGCAGGCGUAAGAUACUUGCAUGUUAGCUAAGAUGCCAUGAUGUUAAUAGCAGUGUUGUAUUAGGAGUUGACUGCAGCGCUUUCUGUUAGGUAGUCUGGAUUGAUUUGUGGCGCAUUCAUGUAUGCCUUCAAUUUUAUUGAUGGCCGGGAGCCAAAUUGUGCAAUAA